GGUGGGUAAAUAGAAAAACACGCACACCAACGCACGUGCAGUUGCACUCAGUAUCUCACUGUAAUGAAUUCAGCACCAGACGGAGUGAGCAGUUUGCUGAACUGAAAGGAUCUGUCAAAAAACGAGACGACCACAGAACGAGAGACAAAUAAAUUAAAAACUGAAUUUAUCCUGUUUCGUAAAUCAGGUGGGUAUCAGUGAUAGUGAAAAUUGUGGAUAACGACUGGACUAGCAGUGGCCGUGGGGACUCGAUUCUCCGCGAGCUGUGGUCACUGGCUACCGCGCAUUGUGAAGAACGGGCGAAGUGCAAAUACCAGGUGGGGAAAGUUACGAAAGUUUAGUGUAUUUUUUUGCGAAAUCUAUUGCGUGCUAUGCAAAUUUUGCUAAACUGACAAGACAAGCCGUGAGGGUCGUUCGGGAAAGGGCAUGUUAAAAAUAAACACGGAUACGACAGUGCUUCGUGGAAGAAAAAAGGUGACGAAUACGAAAUUGCUUUAAAAGGCAAUCACUGCAGAUUGAUAAGAGCGAACAGUGGAAAUAACUCACGUCUCUUCUCUGCUAUGCGUGCGACAGCUGUUUAACCAAACUGUUAUUGUUAUCGGAUGUUUCCGACGUUGAUGCGAUGAGUGAAAAUCGUUUCACCAACUAUCUGCAAGGAUCCCAGGAGGGAAUGAUUCAACAGUUGCGUCAGUUCCAGCACCAAUGCCGGAUAUGUGGUGUGACGGAAGGUUUGCGUCGUUGCAGCCGCUGUCAGGUGGCCUACUACUGUUCGCAAGAGCACCAACGUUUGGACUGGAAGCUACACAAACUUGAGUGCCGUUCGAUCCAGAUGCUUCCUCCCAGCAGUGAAGGACAGCAGCUAGUGUACGGUGCAACUGAAAUCCAAGGCUUGCUCCCGAAUAAUUUGGAAACGGCGAACGUGGUUUUCCCACAGCAACAGCAGCAAACGUCGCUCGAUGGAAUGGUAAUUGGCAGCGAAAUUGGCCCGAGUGGCGUACGUGAUGAAAAUUUGUCAACAAACGGCGUACCCUGCACCAACACCAGCAUGAUGGCCGUGGAUGACAUCACUGACACGGCGCUGCCGAUACCGUUACCAACACAGAUGCAAUCGACGUCGUCGUCGUCGUCUUCGUCGUUGCCGCCUUCGAUCGUGGACGUCGAGGAUGAAAUGCUGUUGAGCGACAGUGCAGUGUCGAAACUGUUCGCCAGCGAGUCGCUAGUCGCAGCCGUGGAGGAACUGUUAAAUCUAGAGCAGAUCGAUGUCGAUCACAUUUUAAAUGAAAAUAAUUUCCUCAACAAUAUAAACAAUUUAAAUUUUUUGGACGAGAAUCUUGGUGUGACGGAAAAUACGGACAAUAUCAGUUCGGGCUACAAUUUGAGCAGUAAAAUUGACAUUAUUAGUGCCGAUAAUAUCAAUAACAGUGGUAGUGGAUUCAGUGACGGAACAGACUCGGAUCUACAGCAGGAUUGUCAGAUUGGUGGACUGUUGAAUCCGGAGGACGAGAUGCAGUUGACACAGUCAGCCGUUGCCGAAACGUUGCAACAGCGCCAGGUUCAGCUGGGGCUUGGUGGGGACAGUGGGAGUGGUUCUCCGGUGAUGUUGGGAAGCAACAGCAGCAGCAGUGCCAGUACGGAUGAAAAUGUCAGUGCCUUGCUGAAUGCAAAAAUUGAUAAUCUGCUGGGUAUGCAACAUUCACCCGGUGCCAACCAGGAGGAUGCACUGCUGGCCGACCUGGAGCAGGAAAGCCUGGACGAGGCCUGCCGGAACUUGAUACGGGACAUGAACGAGUACGGUGUUUGUGUGUUGGAUAACUUUCUCGGUCCGGAACGGGGGUUGAAGGUGCUUCAGGAGGUUACCGGCAUGUAUUCGACCGGCGUGUUUCGGGACGGUCAAUUAGUGUCUAAUCGUGUUGGGAUGAAUAUGCGGCACAUCCGCGGUGACAAGAUUACGUGGAUCGGCGGAAAGGAGCCGGGUUGUAGCAACAUAGGCUAUCUGAUCAACCGGGUGGACGCCGUCAUCACCAAUUGUCGACGGAUGAAAAACAAUGGCAAACUGGGGCGGCACAACAUCAGAGAACGCACGAAGGCAAUGGUUGCGUGUUACCCUGGUUCCGGCUCUCACUACGUCAAACAUGUGGACAAUCCGAACCGAGAUGGUCGCUGCAUCACCGCAAUCUACUAUCUAAAUCUCAACUGGGAUGUUCAGCAGAGUGGUGGCCUCUUGCGAAUUUUCCCAGAGGGAUGUCACGAUCGGGUGGCCGACAUUGAGCCCAUUUUCGAUAGGAUUCUAUUUUUCUGGUCCGACCGAAGGAACCCACAUGAGGUACAGCCCGCGCAUCGAACACGUUAUGCCAUCACUUUGUGGUAUCUGGAUGCGGAGGAACGUGAGUCGGCCCGGUUGCGCUAUCAGCGAGAUUUUGACAGUCGGUUCAGUGCGUGAUGCGCGGAAUGAUGGUUCGCUUGUUAGAUAGGGUUGUUUGAUGUUUGAUAGCAGCAGCAGUUACGUUGGCUUAUCAAUGACUGUCCUCGUUCCGUGUGUUCCGGAAAAAACAUACAGGAUACCUAAAUUGGUCAUCAACGACGGUCAUAGUUUCUUGCACAGAUCAUCGUUGAGAAUGAGGACUAACGUUUCUUCUUCUUCUUCCAAUGUGACCAGAUGAAGAUAUUUUUUGCGAAUCGAAUGUUUUAUUUAAGAUACCAAAAAAUGUGAUACUCUUCUAAUGAUUAUGAUGCAAAUCAAAUUGUUAUUAUAUCGUGUAUAUUUUUCCAACGUAUUCUUUGUUUUAUGUGUAACAAAAUAGCGAUAGUGAGUAGGACAAACGCAACUUGAGCAGGUAGUCAAAUGUUAAUUUUUAAUAAAAACUGUUUCAAACAGUGUCCCGCGUUUACGACAGACCUGGGCCCAGCGAAGCUCAUCUCGUUUAUGUAACAAACAUAGAAGCAUUAAUCAUUACGUGGGAGUUGUGAAUGGUUAUUCCUAAACAAACUUGUUACUCGCUGAAUGCGCAGAUCACCAACUCGAUCCCAACACAUAUUAACAACAGAAUUUCAUACUUUCCUCGCAAUGGUCUUGAGGUGUGCCAUCUAUCGGAUCUAUAGUUUGGGCAAAAAAAUAAAAUACGUUUAACAACGAACCAGGUUUGUUUCAUAGUCAAAUUGUAACCAAUACGGAAACAGAUUAUUUUCAUACGCUUAGGUUAGGUUUAAUUCCGUUUGAACGUUUAAAAACUAGUGAUUUGACUCUCAGCAGAUGCAGAUUAAUGAGAAUAAAUAGUAGCUAGUAUAUAAAAAUUAUAAAUUCACCAUUCUCGUUUUGAGUCUUAUCACUAAUAGGGAAAAUUUGAAAUCUUUGUGAUCUUUCAUACUAACACAAACCCCUUCGGAAAGGAUCUUUUCGUUUGUUUGUCGAAAUAUAAUUCACAAAAUAUGAAUGCGGGUAUAUGUGAGAUACAUUUGACAGAGGACUCAAGAGUUGUAAUAAAUAUGCAAAAUUGAAAGUUAUAAUUUCUUAACAGAAACAGUAA